CUGCGCAGGGCGGCCGCGGCCCUCGCUCCUUCGGGCCAUAAAGGACGCCGUCCUUCGGCCUCGUCGCCAGUCGGGACGUCGGCUCCUCCGAAGGAUUUCCCGAGACGUCGACGCCUCAGGGACGGGAAGACUUCCUGGCGAUGACGUCGCUGAAGGCACUCGUGGCGGCACUCCUGCUGGCGGGGGUCCUCGGCGGCACUCUGGCGGGGGGGGAGGGGAGGAGGAACAGCUGGUGGACGAAGCGGACUCUCAUUGGCUCUCCGAGGUCGCCUCCUCCAGACGCAGGAGAUGACGUCACAGAAGCCAAGGUGGGAGGUAAAGGGCCCCGUCACGUGACCGAAAGUGCCCUUCCCUCGCCUGGCACUUGGCACUCUCUUCGGGCACUGGACUCCUGUUGGCUCUUCGGCGAUGGCACUCUCCCUCAUGAGGCAUACCCAGGUUGUGGCAUCGACGGGCAGUACCAAGGAAAUGAAGAUGAAAAUAUGAAAAAUUUACUUCAAUUUGUUGGUUGAUAGAUUGCAAUAUUUGUAGAGAUUCACGUUUUUUUUUGUUGAUGGACAUUGCAAAGAGAAAUAUUAUUAACUCAAAAAGAUGUAUUUCCUUAUUAAGAUUUUUUUUUCUUUUUGAGUGUCGAAUAUAAUGAAAGUA